GUAACUUUGAUGGGGGGAACUGGGUAACUUCCCCAUACUUAUCCCAUAAGGAAGUGAAGUGGUUUUGUGUUAAUUUUUUUGAGUUAAAAAAUGGAAUUGUGUAUGAUCUUUGAACAGCUGCUGGCCCCUUAAUACAAUGCCUUCAUUCCUCGUCCUUCUUCUAGUCAUAAUUCCUUUCCCUUCCGGAGGAAAUGGAGGAUUCGCCUGCCUAAGUAACCCCUGCGUGCACGGAGUAUGCCUGGACGACCUUAACUCAACGUAUUUCUGCUAUUGCAUAGACGGAUAUACUGGUCUACAGUGCCAAACCAACUGGGACGAUUGUUGGUCUAACCCAUGCCAAAAUGGCGGCGUUUGCGUUGACGGUGUGGCCGGUUUUAAUUGUACUUGUCCAUCUGGAUUUGUUGGGGAUUUUUGUGAACAAGACUUUAACGAAUGUGAAAGUAACCCUUGCUGGAACAAUGCGACUUGCGUAGAUGGUCCCAAUGGUUACCAAUGCGAAUGCCUACCCGGGUACAAAGGGGUUCAUUGCGAAGUGGAUAUAGCUGUCUGCAAUACCACUAACGAAACUAGAUGCCAUAAUGGAGGUGUUUGUGAGGAGGGCCCUGGAGAUACGUUCUUUUGCGUGUGUCAACCAGGCUGGGAGGGUUUUCUAUGCGAUAUUGAAACAAACGAAUGCAUGUCGACGCCAUGUCAAAAUGGUGCAAUCUGUAUCGAUCUGCAUGCUACCUAUGAAUGCGCAUGUCUGUUCGGUUAUACUGGUAAAAACUGCGAAGAAUUGAUGCAGAUAUGUUCCAAAAACCCUUGUAAAAAUGGCGCUCUUUGCCUUCUAGAAGACACAUUACCUGUUUGUUAUUGCGUACCUGAUUUCCAUGGAGAUUUGUGUCAGUAUCAGUAUGAUGAAUGCCAGCUUGGACCUAAGUGUUCCAAUGGCGGUACCUGCAUAGAUGGCAUAGAUAAUUUUACUUGUUCCUGUCCGCCAAACUUAACAGGAACUUACUGUGAAUGCCUACAGUUACCUGAAAAAGAGUUAGAUUGUGACUAUGUGGUUCCUCCUACAACAACAACAACAACCACGACUACUUAUUAUUCUAGUACUACUUUCCUUACCACUUUAGAGACUGAGUUUUCUACCAGCUACGAUGUGUUCAGUACCACUUCUUUUGAAGAACCCACAACUACCGAAUUAGUAACAACGACUGAACAAGUGCCAAACACCACUACGACUCCUCCAGAAACUACUACAACUCCCCUAGAAACUACUACAACUUCUUAUUCUAAUACGUCUAUAACUUCUAUUGUUCCUACAACUGAACCAUAUUCUACAACUAUCACAAUUGAAACAGAAUACACUACGGAAUCAGUAUCUACUACUACGACUACUACUGAGCUGACUAGCUUAGAACCGACUACUACAGAAGAAUUUAUUUCUACAACUCUUUCUGAGGCCUCUACAACUCCUAUGAUUAUCAUAACUGAACCAGUUAUGAUAUUUUCUACAACAUCUACCACGCAAAUGCCAUCUACAUCAGUUGAGUCGUCAUGGACUACGCAGCCCAUAGAGUCAACAACGUUUUCUGCUAUGACAGAAACUACUUAUUGGCCUACUCCAGAGACUAACAGGAGUUUUCCAGAUAUUACUACUACUACUGAACCAGAGUUGACUAGUUUUUUGACAGAUAGGCCGAUGACUAGUACUUUUUCAGUAACUGAGCCUACGACUUUUACAGCUGUGACUACUGAAACUGUUGACUGCAGCCUUCCAGAUACCAUGUGUCUUAAUGGAGGUUCAUGUGUGUUUUCUAACAGUGGACAUAAGUGUGAAUGCCCUUUUGAUACCGAAGGAUUAUUCUGCGAGGUCAAACUUGGUAUUAAGCAUGCAGCUUUUAGUGGGGAAAGCUAUCUCACUCACAAGCUACCAGAAAAUAAGAACAUUUCAAUUGAAUUCGACGCGAAAACUUUAUCAAAACAUGGACUGAUUUUUUUUGUCCACUUGGAUACAUCCUAUAUGGUUUUGUAUAUAGAAAAUGGCGCCCUGGUUUUUAAGUUUUCUUGCGGAUAUCAAACUAUGCUUCUUAGUGAACUUAAAAUUCAAAUAAAUAACGGAAUUAAGAUGACGAUUAAGGCUAACUUAGAGUUUUCUAAAAAUCUUUCACAUUGCGAUGCCAAAAUUAGGGUCAAUGAUACUAUUUCCAUGCGAGGAGAUCAGGUGGCAAAAAUCGACAAGUAUUUUAAAAAAUCUUUUUACUUACACUUGGGAGGAGUUCCAAACGAUUUUGCCUAUGAUGGAAUUCCUUCCUCCGGCUUUAUUGGUUGCAUGUCUAAUCUAAAGAUUUCAAAUAAAAGAGUUUUAAUAUAUAAAGAAGCAGAGGAUGGGUAUGACAUAACAGAAUGUGCCUCAUUGGCGUGCCUGAGUAAUCCCUGCCAAAAUGGGGCGCGUUGCACUUCUUUGGAGGAAGAUUGGAUCUGUCAUUGCCGAAAUGGAUACUUAGGAAAAAUGUGUGAAAUAUCAAUAUGUGACAACAACCCAUGCCUAUUUGGUGGUACUUGCAUUCCUUUUUCCAACAACGGUUACAUUUGCUUAUGCCCGUACUCUAAACACGGACAUUUCUGUGAAAAUGAUCUUAAAAUAUCAGAGCCCUAUUUCUCGUCCACCGUCAGAGGCCUCUCGUCAUAUCUAGCCUAUCCGCUUCCACAAGGAAUUGCCCAAAAGAUGGAGUUGAAGUUUAGAUUUACCCCUACCAAUGUCGAUCAGAUAGCGCUUUUACUUUUUAUUGGCCAGAGCGGUCACCACGAUUUCUUUUCUGACCAUUUGGCAAUCAGUUUCGUUAAAGGAUACAUUAUGUUAACUUGGAAUAUGGGAUCAGGUCCUAGAAGAAUAUUUACAUCUCAACCAAUAGAUAAGGGAGCAAGAGAUUACUUAGUACAAGCAGGAUAUGAAGGAAAGAGGGCGUGGUUAUACGUUGAUAGUUUGGGAAAUGUUACUGGGCGAUCUCCUGGAAAAUCUGUUCAGUUGGAUGUUGUUCCUCUUUUAUAUUUAGGUGGGCAUGAUUUAAAAAAUUUCUCUGGACUUCCCCACGAUCUACCUCUUCACACAGGUUUCUCUGGAUGCAUAUUUGAUAUUGAAGUUAAAAUAGGAAGUAUAAUAUUGCCUCUGCAAUAUUCAAUGAGUGCCAUUGGUAGAGCAGUGGGCCAGUGCGGCACUACGGAGUGCUACGAAAAAAGAUGUCAAAAUAAGGGCGCAUGUCUGCACCAUGGCAGUACAUUUAUGUGUUUAUGUCAAGAUAAUUGGUUUGGACCACUCUGCUCCUCAAGAGUGAAUUUCUGCGAUGCAAAUUUUACAAAAUGUCACGACAGUUCGCGCUGUGUACCGCUUUUAAGCACUUACGAAUGCGACUGUCCUUUUGGAAAAGUGGGUCGACAUUGUGAUAAAGCUGAAAAUUUUACGGACAUAAGCUUCACAGGUCAAAGGUCUUAUUUGGAAACACGACCAUUUGAGUUUGAUAACAGCAAGCUUAACGUUGAAAUGGAGCUGAGAAUUUUAAAAGAUACUGGCAUCGUAUUUUUUAUUGGCAGAAAGGAAGGAAGUUAUGUUUGUUUAAGCCUUCAGAGCGGUAGCUUGGAACUUAGAGUGCGUUCUAGCAAAUUAAGACUUAAUACCAAAGACCCAGUAGUUGUAAGAGGUUCAAAACUCCUCCUUAAAGGAGCGUGGCAUAAGAUCCAGUUUGGAAUAUUUGGUAGAAAAGUAUACCUGUAUGUUGACCAUGUGAUAAAUAUGGCUGUGCUGGACCACGGUUUCCUAUUAAGCUUGUCCAAAGAUAGUGUAUAUCUUGGUGGUCUUCCAGACCUUUCAAAGCUACCAAUUACCGCAAGUUCAUCUUUACCCAAGCCAUAUACAGGAUGUCUUAGGUACCUAACAUUAAACGAACAUAAAGUCAGCUUUACAACGGGAGACGUUUUAAGCUCUAGAAAUAUAAUUGACUGCGAUGGAACACCCUGUGGGGGUGAGGCAUGUCAAAACGGAGGAACUUGCUGGUUAGACUCUCUUCUAAACCCCCACUGCCUAUGUCUAGAACCGUAUUAUGGAGAACAUUGCGAGUUUACUCCAAAAUGCACCGAAGCCAAUUGCAAAAAUGGAAUUUGUCAUAACAGUAGCUGUUAUUGCCAUGUAGGAUUUGACGGAGGUUUUUGUGAAACCCAACUACAAGUUAGAACACCCUCAUUUGUGGGUAAAAGUUACUUGAUUGUGGAAAAAAUGGGCGAUAAAAGGAGAAGCGUCAAAGAUUUAGAAAUUCGCAAGUUGUAUUUGAAUUUUACCACUGCUAGCCCGGAUGGUUUGCUGGUAUGGACUAAAAUGCACGAAAAUUACUUAGGUUUAGGAUUGGAUAAUGGUUUACUUAAAAUUGUUUACUCAGACAAAUGUAAUAAUACACAAAAACAUCUGGUCGAAAUAGUACCAUUUUUUAAGCUGAACGAUGGACUUUGGCACACUGUAGAGCUAAGCUUUGUACCUUUAGCUUUGAUUGUCGAUACAAGGAAUUUGGACGUGUUUGGGAAGAAUCGUCAUGACGUCACAAUAUUAACGAAUGGUGUAUUCUACAUUGGAGGGCUUCCGUCAAACCUGAGCCUUGUAAAUGAAACCAGCGGAGUCUUCUCAGAUAAUUUUGAAGGAUGUAUUCAGGCAUUCGCGCCCAAUUCUGAUAAACUAAUUACAGAUUUUAGCGAUUUUGAAGGUUACAACAUUGAAAAUUGUCCAGUGUUAUAAAUGCUAAUUACAGAAAUGCCAAAAUAAUGGGGAUCAGAACUAUCAGUUUUUAGUUUGGUAGAAGAUGUUUUCGAUAUUAACGAGCCAAGGAUAUCGAAUUUAUCAAUAUAGCCAAAGAUAAUACUAAUAAAUCUAAUAAAUUUUGUUUUAAGAUUGUACUUUUUACUGUUUGUUAAGUUUAUAUUACGUUUUUCUUUUUGU